AUGUUGGGAAUGUUUCAUUUAAAAUUACAUAUUUUAAAAAAUGUUGCUAAACCGACCUGCGAAUAUUUAUUAGAGCUAGUGGAAAAAACGCUUGUAAAAGCGGGAAAACGGUUGGUGAAUGAACUGUCAAACGAGAUAAAUGAUUCGCUCAAGUACCUCCACACUUCACCAUCUACUGCUGCACAAUACGUAGAUUAUAAAAAGUUCCUGGAACAUUUUUCCAUGAGGUUGGACGAGAUAGAUAAAAAUCAAAAUUAUAUUAGAGAACUUUAUGACUUGGCUGAAAAAUUUGAAGUACUCGUUCCUGAUGAGGAUAUCGACAAUUAUGAUAAAUUUGCAGACGCGCUAACUACUUUACACACAACUUUUGAAGACAUUAACAAUGAACAAGACAAACUAAUCGGAGAAUUCGUCAAAAAAAUUGAAAUUCAUAUAACGGACAUGAUUCAAGAUGUGGAACAAAUAAAUUCUGAGGCCAAUGAAUCAUGGUUAACUGAUAUUAACAGUAAUAAAGAAGAAGUAAAAUUGUCAUUAUCGAAGCUCAAUAACCGAUUAGUAGAACGCCAAGAAGAAUCGAAUUUGUAUAAGUCUUACCAAGGUUUCUUUCUAGUAGAAAUGACCAAGUUUGAUAUUCUAAGCGAUGCAAGUGAAGCUGUAGGACUCAGAAUCUUGCUGUGGGAUAGUUUGGACGAAUGGGAAAAAAAAAUGUCUAUUUGGGAAGAAGAUAAUUUUCAUAAUUUAGAAGUAGAACAAAUGAACACAUUCUUAGCAGUAAAUUUAAAUUACGUAAUGCAAUUUAAAAAAAGUAUUCCUGCAUGCAAGCUUGUUGAUCUUAUUGACCAAAAAGUACAGUCAUUCAAACAAAAAAUGUCGAUCAUAACAAUGUUAAGAAAUCCAAAUCUGAAGGACCAUCAUUGGAUUAAAAUCGAGCAGAUCCUUGGGACGAAAUUUCCGACAAAUCAAUAUCUUACUCUUAUUAUGCUCGAAAAAUUAGGUGCUUUCAAAUAUGGUUCUGAAAUAAUAGAUGUUUCAAUGCAAGCAAGUUCUGAAGCUACUUUAGAGGCGAUAUUGAAGAAAGUUGAAGAUUCUUGGAAAGCUGUAAAUUUGAUUAUACUUCCCUACAAAAAUACUGAUGAUCUUUUUAUACUCGGAUCAUUGGAGGAAGUUCAAUUAACAUUAGAAGAAGCAAAUAUAAACUUAAAUACUCUCAUUUCAUCAAAACACAUAGCGAUGAUUAAAUCAAAAGUUGAAGAAUGGAUAAAUUCUAUGGCCAUUAUGAAUGACAUUCUAACGGAAUGGAUGUUGUGUCAGAAUAAUUGGAUUCAUUUGGAAUUGAUAUUCGCUGCACCGGACAUACAACGACAACUUCCGAAUGAAGCUAAAUUGUUUAAUCAAGUAAACAAUUCAUGGAAGAGCAUGAUGCAAAAGGUUGUAAAAAAUUCUUUAGCAAUAAGCACAUGCACUGAAACCGACCUAUUGAAAACUCUUAUAAAAAACAACCAACAAUUAGAACAAAUAAUGUUAUAUUUAGAAGCAUAUUUAGAAUCAAAAAGAGUCGUCUUCCCGCGGUUCAAUUUCUUAGCGAACGAUGAGCUUUUAGAAUUAAUUGCUCAAGCUCGAAAUCCUAGAGCUGUACAACCGUACAUGAACAAAUGUUUUGAUGCUAUUUGGCGAAUUCGAUUUAAAAACGACGAUGAAGAAGGAAAACCACUACAAUCGGUAAUAGAUGGAAAGUAUAAUACACCUACAGACGUUAUCGCUAUGAUAUCUCCAGAAAGAGAGAUCGUAAAAUUCGUGUCACCAAUUAAAGCCACCGGGAACAUUGAAUUUUGGCUAUCUAGGGUAGAAAAGGAAAUGAUAAAUACACUACGAUCGCUCAUGACCAUAGCCAUUGAAGAUUAUGACGAAAUUCCUAGAGAAAAAUGGGUGUUACUACACGCUGACCAGGACCUGAAUGAUUUAUCAAUAAUGGUUCGACAAGGACGUUUGACCAAACUCCAAUGUUCCGGAGUACGAGCAUUGAUCACUGUCGAUGUUCACGCAAGGGAUAUUAUAUCUUCUAUGGUCGUCCGCAAAAUUAAUAGCGAGGAGCACUUCGAAUGGUUGAAACAACUUCGUUACUAUUGCGAUACGAUAGACGGCUGUGUCGCGUACUCGGCCAAUGCUCGUUGGUUGUAUGCUUUCGAAUACCUAGGUUCAUCUCCUCGAUUAGUGAUAACGCCGUUAACUGACCGAUGCUACCUAUGCUUGAUGAUUGCGCUUCAGUUAUGUUUAGGAAGUGCAUUAUCUGGACCCUCAGCCACAGGAAAAACUGAAACGGUCAAGGAUCUCGCGAAAGCGUUAGCUACACAAUGUGUCGUAUUCAACUGUUCUGAUGGAUUGAAUUAUAAGGUGCAGAGUCACGUCGGAUGUACAACGACUACAUUCAUGUGA